CCCCAUCCAUGUUCCUUCCGAACGAUGGUCCCUCUGAUGUCGGAAACUCUCAAAUGCCGUAUCCCACUACGUCUUCGACCCCUCCACCCACCAUCACACCUGCUUUACCUUCGUUAACGCCAAAUAGACGGCGGCACCCUCACAAGAAAGAGCCCACCAUCAUCGAAGAGCGCGAUAUUUUUUGCAUGCGAUGCUCGAAACCCAUGGUCAAAGCUCUCCUCCGCGGCACUCGUGCAGAGCUCGACGCACAGUUUCGUCCCCAAUUCCAGUGCAAGGACUGCGCACCCGUGAGACAGGCGACGGUCACCUCGUCGAAGAAACGUGGAAAUGAACUCGAGGAUACGGCGCUCCCUACUUUGUGUGUGGUAUGCACGAAGCCUCAAGGCGAAGGCGGAUUCGUGGCGAAGGAUAGAGUGCCAUUGAUGUUUAUGUGCGAGAUUAUUUGCAUUUCAUGCUCGCAUAAAUACAAGCGGUGUAGCCAUUGUGGAGGUGGUACCGGUCGUAUAGCCCUUGGUAAGUGGAGAUGCAAGGAGCUUUUCGACGGCAACCGGAAAACAUGUCGUCUGAGCCACGAAAAACUCGGUGCAAGAGACAUGGAAAUGUCCGUUUGGGAAGUUCCCGGGGAAGUGCAGGAUAGGGAGGAGUAUCCGGCCAUGGUCGAGGCUUGCUUGAAUCUUUGGACGGAUCAUCAUUUAUCCAGAGCUGCUACGCCCGAGGUGCUGGAGCAUUCGCCCGACCUCAGGUCAUGGGAAGACAUCCAUGAGAAACUCAUUAAUGCAGGACCCCCGGGACAGGUUCUUCUUACCCAACCACCAAUUACACCGUAUCACAGACAAUAUUUUGCUUUGACGUGGGCGAAGAAGCAGAGGAGAAGGGAUAAGUCGAAGCCAGAAUGGACGCGUUCGAGCGCGAAGGAGAAGAAUAUCGAUGAAUGGGUUGCGUUUAACACCCGCAAGUCCAAUGUUCUCCUACCGGAAAAUUCGGUCUUGUCUUCAGUGUGGUAUUGCGAGUGGAAUAUCAAAGAUCGGACCCUCAUGACUGGAACCCUCACUAUGUUCGACAGAGGCGACGUCGACGAACGUGCCGGAUUCUCAGUCAGUAGUAUCAUACUCCGAACCCUGGACGAAAUCAAGCGCCACAACGCUGAAAUGCCCGAAGACAUAUGGGAACCACCUGAACAUAUAUGGGCACCACCAAGAUAUGCCCGCUCCCAUCUACGUGUCAAGCUUUUUGAGCUCAUACAGCGCAAAUGCGGAUUUCUUCCCCUCGACGAGUACCUCGGCCGUCAUCCGCAUAUAAACCCUGCUAUCUUCGGCCCAGAUUCUGGACGCAUCGCCAGCCACAUGUUCAAGCGAUGGUCGAACAUCGACGGCUCAGGGCAGCAGAGUGUGAUUUUUGCGAAAAGUUUAGGGACUGGAUGGAAUGCUGAGGACGUGAAGCAUUUGAUGCAGAAGGAGUUGAUGAAGAUGCCGAGAGGCGUGCAGAUUUAAGGAGGGCAAAAGUCGACGACGAAGUUGUACUUGUUGCGCGACGAUCGGGUUCAAGUGCGCUCAGUAAGCAGAGUAGAAGACGGAGUCCUUUGUACACAACUCGGCAGACAGGGCAGUGAUGAUGAUGGACUUGCACAUGCAUUAAAAGUGUACGGGUUACUGUG